UACAACGGAACCUUCCCAAAUAAGCAAUAGGUUAGAGCAAGAGGGCACGCGAGCGCCACGAGAGAGCUCCGACAGCGAGAGAGGGAGCGAGAACGGUCUGCGAAAAUGGCCAACGCCUUGCGUGGGUGCAGUAAAAAGGAUAAGCAGCGGAUGGGGCUCAACUAAGAGACAAGCCAAACACAGAGAGAGAGAAAGCGCGCGACAGCGAGCAUCGUAAUCCUUACAGCUGCAAAGUACAUAAAAUCACGUAUACGCCAUGGAGCCGGUCAUGAGUCUGGCAUUGGCCGCCCAUGGCCCGCCCAGCAUACUAGAGCCGCUGUUUAAGACCGUAACCACGAGCACAACGACCACCACGACCACGACGACCAGCACGACGACGACGACGGCGAGUCCUGCAGGCUACUCGCCAGGAUACCCGGGCACCACCCUCCUGACCGCCCUGUUCGAGAACCUGACGUCCACGGCGGCCAGCGGGCUAUACGAUCCCUAUGCGGGAAUGUACGGGAACCAGACAAACGGCACCAUGGGCUUCGAGACGAAGGGACCGCGGUACUCACUGGCCUCCAUGGUGGUCAUGGGCUUCGUGGCGGCGAUUUUGAGCACGGUGACGGUGGCGGGCAAUGUCAUGGUGAUGAUAUCCUUCAAGAUCGACAAGCAGCUGCAGACGAUCAGCAACUACUUCCUGUUCUCGCUGGCCAUCGCGGACUUCGCCAUCGGCGCGAUAUCGAUGCCGCUCUUUGCGGUGACCACAAUCCUGGGCUACUGGCCCCUGGGUCCCAUCGUCUGCGACACCUGGCUGGCCCUGGACUACCUGGCGUCGAAUGCGUCGGUGCUGAACCUGCUGAUCAUCAGUUUCGAUCGCUACUUCAGUGUCACUCGGCCGCUGACGUACCGCGCCAAAAGGACCACCAAUCGGGCGGCGGUGAUGAUUGGCGCCGCCUGGGGCAUCAGCCUGCUCCUCUGGCCGCCCUGGAUCUACAGCUGGCCCUACAUCGAGGGCAAGCGGACGGUGCCCAAGGACGAGUGCUACAUCCAGUUCAUCGAGACCAACCAGUACAUCACCUUCGGCACGGCACUGGCCGCCUUCUACUUCCCGGUCACCAUCAUGUGCUUCCUCUACUGGCGCAUCUGGCGCGAGACGAAAAAGCGGCAGAAGGACCUGCCCAACCUGCAGGCUGGCAAGAAGGACUCCAGCAAGAGAUCGAACAGCAGUGAUGAGAACACGGUGGUGAAUCACGCCUCCGGCGGCCUGCUGGCCUUCGCCCAGGUGGGCGGCAACGACCAUGACACCUGGCGACGACCGCGCUCCGAGAGUUCGGCGGACGCGGAGAGUGUCUACAUGACCAACAUGGUCAUCGACUCCGGCUACCACGGGAUGCACUCGCGCAAGUCAAGCAUCAAAAGCACGAAUACAAUCAAAAAAUCGUACACCUGCUUCGGCAGCAUCAAGGAGUGGUGCAUUGCGUGGUGGCACUCCGGUCGCGAGGACUCCGACGACUUCGCCUACGAGCAGGAGGAGCCUUCUGAUUUAGGAUGCACCUCGAUGAACGUGAUGCGGGACAACUACUCGAUGGGCGGCAGCGUGAGCGGCGUGCGGCCGCCCAGCAUUCUGCUGUCGGAUGUCUCGCCCACGCCGCUGCCACGCCCACCGCUCGCCUCCAUUUCGCAGCUGCAGGAAAUGAGUGCGGUUGCGGCGAGCACAACGGCGAAUGUGAAUCCCAGUGGCAAUGGCAAUGGCAAUGGCGCCCUCAACAACAACAACAACAGCAGCCACAACGGGAAUGGCGCAGUGAACGGCAACGGGGCCGGAAACGGAAGUGGAAUCGGACUGGGAACAACCGGAAAUGCGACGCAUCGCGACUCGCGCACCCUGCCCGUUAUCAAUCGCAUUAACUCACGGUCGGUGAGCCAGGACUCCGUGUACACGAUACUCAUCCGCCUGCCAUCCGACGGAGCAUCCAGCCAUGCGGCCAACGGAGGCGGAGGAGGAGGUGCCGCCGGUGCCGGGGCAGCUGCCUCCACAGCCUUGAGCCUGCAAGGCGACUGUGCGCCCUCCAUCAAGAUGAUACACGAGGACGGGCCCACGACGACGGCGGCGGCUCCUCCUUUGGCAAGCGCCGCAGCCGCCACUCGACGACCUUUGCCCUCGCGAGACUCUGAGUUCAGCCUGCCCCUCGGACGGAGGAUGUCCCAUGCUCAGCACGAUGCCAGGCUGCUGAACGCCAAGGUCAUACCCAAGCAGCUGGGCAAGGCUGGGGCCGGGGCAGUGGGCGGCGGAGUGGGCGGGGCCCACGCGCUCAUGAACGCCCGCAAUGCGGCCAAGAAGAAGAAGAAAUCGCAGGAGAAGCGGCAGGAGUCGAAGGCGGCCAAGACGCUGUCGGCCAUCCUGCUGAGCUUCAUCAUCACGUGGACACCGUACAACAUCCUGGUGCUGAUCAAGCCGCUGACCACCUGCUCCGACUGCAUACCCACGGAGCUGUGGGACUUCUUCUACGCCCUGUGCUACAUCAACUCGACGAUCAACCCCAUGUGCUACGCCCUGUGCAACGCCACCUUCCGGCGGACCUACGUCCGCAUCCUCACCUGCAAGUGGCACACCCGGAACCGCGAGGGCAUGGUGCGCGGCGUCUACAACUAGAUAAUUAAUACUUAAUCACCCAUCAUCUGGCCGGUUAACUACUAGUAGUUGCAAUAAGUGUUGUGUGCUAGAACUUUUGGGAGGCAGUAAAACCAAAACUAGGCUUAGGAUUACCCAUUGACAAGCAGUACUGAUUUUUUGAUGUCUAGCCCCCGACUAUAUACACGCAUCACCAUUCCGGGAGGGUUGCCAUAAAUAAUAAUUGCCAGAACUGAGGUUUCGCGCGGUGUCAAGAUAAGUUUUAAGUAAGUUUCAGAAGGGAACUUCUGCGGUGUGCAAUAGUGUUUCUCUCAAAGAUCGGAAACAAGGUUCUUUAAAGUUCUAAAGAUAUGGUUAGGCAGGAACUUACCUACCACCUACUUACCUCUUCCAAGCCAAGUUAGUUGCAACCCAUGAAGUUCGACCAACUGCUUCCAAGCAAGCCAAAGAUCUCAUUAAGGUAUCUUUAGACUAGUUCCCGAGGCAACCCUCCGCAGCACCUGAUCACAGCAGAAUUAUCACGAUGAUCACGGUCCCAGGAUCCUCCCGGGAGGAGGAGAUUCCAUUUUGUUAGGCGUUUACGUACUGUUAGGUAGGCACCUGCUCGAUGCAAGAUGAAUUUAAUACAAAUAUAAUGGAUUACGAUUGCAAUUCAUACAUACACAUAUAUAAGAUAUACAGUAUAUUUAUUAUUAUACACAUGGCAAAUGAGUUAGCUUAAGUUGUUGGCGAAAGUUGUA